GUCAUUAUUAUUAUUGCGGUUGUCAUAGAAACGCAAAAUGCAACAUCAACGUUGUUGUGAUCGGUUAAUAAAUUAAAUUAAUGAAUUGCAAACAGCUGCAUAUCAUAUAUUGAAUCAAGCUGGAUGCUAGAUAAUAAAAUAUGGCUGAUGAUGAGGAAGUUGUAGAUGAAGAAACCCCAGGAGCUGGUGGCGAUGAGAGUGAGGGCGGGACUCCUGUCGAAGCUGAGAAACCUUUAGCCCCGCCGAAGUAUGAAGUGCGACCUGGACUUGGUGAAAAAUUCCAGUCACAGAACAUUCGAGAUAUAAUAUUAACGACAAUGCAGGAGCAGUUGACGGGCCGCCAGUACAGGUCUGAUCAGGCUCAGAAAUGGGUGAAAGUCAUCGCAAACGCUGUGCGACAAAGGGUGCAAGAACUGGACAUGAAAAGGUACAAAAUCCUGGUGCAAUGCACAAUACUAGAGAUGAAAGGUGCGGGAGUGAAGUGCGGCCAGCGGUGUAUAUGGGACCCAGAGACUGACGACUACGUGGGAGAUCUGUUUAGAAACGACAGCCUGUACUGCUACACUAUUGUCUAUGGCGUUUAUAUGUACUAAUAUAUAGAUGUAAUGGAGUUGUUUUGUAAUAAAUGUAUUAUAAGAAAUUGA